AGGAUGGGUGAAAUCCAACGGCGGAGCCGCGCCGGGAUGGCAAGGGCUUUUAGUUCUGUGAUGAUGAGAGUAAUAGUGUGUGGCUAUGGCGGUAUGGCGUCGUGAGAAAAAUCGCCGCUCAUCGACUGGCGCGAGCAAGAUCUGGUCACUCUAAGGCUCCCAAUCGCUACGGCGAGGGCGAAUCGAUCGGAUUUCGGGGAGAAAUCGUGGUUCCUGUCCAGGGUUUUGUCGCAGCUCCGCAUUUUUGACAUAGCGGUCGCGGCUGCGUGUUUUCCUUCACGAAUCCCUUCUAAAGUAGAUCGAUUUUCCCGAGUCUUGUACAGAUCUAGGCGAAAUCUCUCUGAAUCUCGCUAGUUUUUAGUCGCGUGCUUGAUCGUUGUGCUAUGCCAAUCCUCCGGAUCUGGUUUCUUGGAAUUUGCGGUGGUAGUAGGCAAUGAUAUGCAUGGGCAACAUGUUGCAAAUGGGCAGCCAGCCGAUAGCAAGGAAAAAUUCUCUCCUCUGCCAGGAAAGAUUUCUUCCUCGCCUCGAAGUGCUGCUAUCGAUUCCCCCAGCUACAAAUCUUCUUCCUACUGUACGAAGGACGGGCGAAAGAUCGAAGUUGGCGAGUGCGCUCUCUUCCAGGCCGGGAACGCGCCCCCUUUCAUUGGGAUCCUUCGCAAAGUGACGAUAGACAAGGAUACGACUGUAAGGCUUAAAGUGAAUUGGCUCUACCGUCCAGCGGACAUCAAGCUAGCUAGAGGAGUUCCCAUCGACGCGGCGCCCAACGAGAUCUUCUACUCGUUCCACAAGGAUGAUACACCGGCGGCAUCGCUGCUUCAUCCGUGCCGAGUUGCUUUCCUGCGCAAGGGUGUGGAGCUGCCCUCUGGAGUUUCGUCGUUCGUUUGCCGCCGAGUUUAUGAUACCUCACACAAGCGCUUAUGGUGGCUAACGGAUCGAGACUACACAGAUGAGCAUCAGGAAGAAGUAGAUCAGUUACUUAAUAGGACCAAAUUGGAGAUGCAAGCUGCUAUACAACAGCCGGGUGCUCGAUCGCCAAGAGCACUGGCUCUCUCUCACUCGGAGCAUCCGCAAACUCCAGUCGGCGGCUCCAAAGGCAAAAAGAGGGAGAGGAGUGAUUCCGGUCACGAGCCCAGUAGCAACACCGCCAACACCAACGCCGCUGCCGCUGCCACCCCCAAGCGUGCCAAGGCCGACGACUCCGAGUCGAGCUUCGUCAAGAGCUCGACAAAGCCGGAGGAGAUCGCUUCCAUUAUUGACAAGGAUGGUGGGCUCUGCAGCGUGGCAGGAGUGGAGAAACUUGUGAGCUUGAUGCAGCAAGAUCGAAAUGACGGCACCCGGAAGCCGAUGGAAGUGGCUUCGCGACGAAUCAUGCUAGCUGGUGUCGUGGCUUCCACUGAUAAGCAGGAGUGCCGCGACCGUCUCGUCCAGCUCGGUGGCCUGGCCGUGCUCGACGACUGGCUCCAGGAGGCUCACAAAGGCAAGAGUGGGAGCGACUGCGGACACCCGGCGGAGCUGGACAAGGUGCUCGACGAGUUGCUCCUGACUUUGCUGCGAGCGCUUCAGAAGUUGCCCGUGGAUCUCGACGCUCUCAAGUCGUGUCACGUCGGGAAGUCUGUGAACAAUCUCAAGAGCCACCGGAUGGUGGAGAUCCAGAAGAAGGCACGAAAGUUGGUGGAGACGUGGAAGAAGCGGGUCGGGGCGGAGGUGAAGCAAUCCGGGGAGAAGAUGGGGAGCAAGCAGGCCCCGGCGAAUGAUCCACUCCAGCCGGUCGCGAAGGAUGCCAAGAGCUCGACAAAGUUUGCCUCGUCGAACGGGCCCAACACGGAGGCGCCGGCCAAAUCAGUUGGCUCCGCAACUUCAAAGUCUGGUACAACUGCAAGCUCCAAGGAGAAUUCGCCUAACAACAGCGGUUCUAACGAGAUCCAGGGUCUAUCCUUGAAGGAGGAGAAGAGCUGUGCUAGCCAUGCGCAGAACUACGGUCCUGCGUGGUCGAGCGCUCCAGUGACAUCGGCUUGCAAGGAGGAAGUGAAAGCGAAGUUGACCCGCUCGUCCAAAGUUGAUACUUCCGCGGCUGCCGCUCAAAAGGAAAAUGGUUCGGGGAAGUCUGUGAUGUGGAGCAGGACCAACGCGAACUCAGCCGAGAGGCCUGCUGGAUCGGAGAAGUCCCCUGGCGACACUGAUACGCCCCCGCGUUUGAUACUGAGGUUUUCAAAUCCUGGCAGAAGUCCAGCUCGAGCAAAUGGUGACUCUCAGGUAAUCGCCAAGGUAUCUUCACCCAAGGUGCUGGACAGGAGUAGCUCUUCCGGUUUAGGAGAGGGUGGCGGCGGUCAUGGGAAGGCCAGCAAACACCACGAGAUCAGCUCGGACAAGCGGCACAGAAGCGAAUCAAAAGGUGGAGGAGGGGGUGGUGACAAGUCUGCGGCUGAGAAAACCGAGCGAACCGAGGCCAGGAAAGCUUCUUCGGAGAAAGCAGCUCGAGAGAACAACGCAUCUAAUGUGGUCGACGGAGGUAUGAGCUUGCUGGCUACUGUGGCCGCCGAUGAGAUGCUAAAGUGUGAUGGAAGCUGCGUCACAGUGUCGACAGCACGGAGCGUAGUCACCGAGGAGAUCAACGUGGAGCACGACAACUUAGGAGCAACGACGUCGGCUGCGUGUCCUGCCGAGAAGCCGGAGCAGCAACAGAAACCCAGCGCUCCGGAGAACGGUGACGUCAAGGAUGGCGGAGCUCAAGAGCCAGUGAAAACGGACAACUUGAGGCGGCAGAGCUCACGGACAUCGGAUGAUGUUUCGGCGGACGAAGCGAGACGUGGCGCUGAGAGGAAUGCUGUGGAAGUGAAGCCCGCGGCCGAGAAGCCCCUGGAUACUGCAAAGUCGGACGCUGCUGCUAAGGCUGGAGAGAGCCCGAGUUCCGAGGAGGAUCCUCUCGAGGUGGCGAGGAUGGUGGCGAAAGAGAUCGAGGAGGGCUAUGGCGGUGCAAAGCCACGCGCCGGUGCUGAUACCGACGCGGUGGAAGAGAGCCAGCAACAGCGAGCUUCGGAAGAACAGGCAGCCUCACAGCCUGGAGCUGAAGUUUCUACUGCUGAGCCGAUGAUCACCUCGGAUGAGAACCAGCAAGAACUCCAACCAGCAGCAGCACAGGAUACUCCAAUGGAGGAAGCUCUAGGCGAAGAUGAUAACGGAGGAGGCGAAAGUGGUGGUGGGGGUGCUAGGCCUUUGUUCGACUUAAACGAAGGCUUCCCGGCGGAGGAUUCUCCACCACCAGCAAUAGCCUCAGGACAGAUGUUUACUCCACUUCCGACCAAUCCUCUUCCGGCGCCACCACCUUUCAGCUCUCUAUCGGCACCUAUAGCAGUGAUGGCUUCCACGAGGACUUUCAUUCCUCCCAGCUCUUUGAAGGCCAGUAAGGACGCGGCCGGAUGGAAAGGCUCGGCAGCAACGAGCGCGUUCCGUCCAGCGGAAAAGAAAGGAAAAGCUUUCCUCGACAUCGAUCUCAACGUAGCCGAAGGCGAUGACUCGGGUUUCGGGAUGGUGGCGGAGAUGGAUGCAGCUCCCGCUGCUGCCCGGAGCUUCCUCUCCGGCUUUCCCAACACUUCCUCCGCCGGUGGAGCCGAGAAGAAGGUGGCGGCGGCAGCGGCCUUGGAUCUCAACCAGGAGAGCGAAGAAGGCGGCUCUUUACGCCUGAGGCCCCCGGGAGGAGCAAGCUCAAGCACAUCAACGCUGAGAAACUUCGACUUAAACGACGGUCCGGCCUUUGAAGAUCAUCCCGCCGCUGCUGGCGUUGGUGCCGGCGGCGAGGAAAUGUUCUUCAGGAACCUCACCACCAAGCCGAAAGCUAGCAGCAGCAGCAACCCGGUGAUGAAUGCCAACGGUGGAGGCGGUGAGCUUCUCAACGUCUCGUGGUUCUCCUCAGUUCCGGGAGCUGGGAUUCCAGGCUAUCCAGGAGUUUCCAGUGGCGGUGGCGCCACCACCACCGGAAGAACCGAUCAGCAAAGCGCUUCUUACUCCACCCAGCAGCAGCAGCAGCAGCAGCAUCCUUUCGUGAAUGGAGGCUCCUUCUCGACGGACUUGUAUCGAGCAGCAGCGGCGGCAGCGGCAGCAGCAGCCGGAGGUGGUGGCGGUGGUGCCGGCGUUCCAUCAUCCUCGGCUCUCGGAAGCUACCAGCAAAAUCCUCAAGCGGCAGCGGCAGCGGCGGCAGCAGCGGCGCUCUACUCGUAUCCAGGCUUCUCUUUCAACUCGAGCUUCCCAUUCUCCGCGGCGGCGGCGACGUUCGUGGCUCCGUCACCUUACGUCGCGUCCUCGUCCAUCCCAGCUCCAUCGCUCUCGACGAUCACCUCAAACUCGGGAGCUUUUGGACGGCCGCCACCUUACUUCAUGCCGGGAGAUCACGCCGGAGGAGGAGCAGUGGACGCCUCGUCUGGCUCGGCUGGAGCUUGGGGAAGGAGGAGCUUGGAUCUAAACACUGGGCCGGAUCCAGCAGUAGCGGCGGCGGCGGCGGCAGCAGCAGCGGCGGCGGCGGCGGCGGCGAACUUGAGCGAUCAUCAUCCGGAUCAAGCUCGGCAAAACUACGGGAUUUCAUCGCUGGACGAGCAAAUGCGAAUGUUUCAUCAGGCCUCGGCGAUCAAGAGGAAGGAGCCAGAGACUGGGUGGGAUGUUUACAGAGGUUACACGAAGUGGCGCUAGCGCUACGAUAACGAAGAACACACACACACACACACACACUCUUCUCUCUCCUGUGUAAACAAAAUCUUUUUCUCUUUCUCUUCGCUACUUUAUAGUGUAAGAUACUUUUUAAA